CUCCGGAUUUCAGCCUCUAACCGCAGCUCGUGCGCGCUGGGGACAAACAGGAAGCGCGCGCGCGUCGCGUCACGCGAGUUUCGUUUGCAGCUCAGCUUGGCAAUGAACUGGACAACUUGCCCUCGCCAAGAUGGCGGCGGAGAGUUGACGUGUCUGACGUAACACUCUGACGCGGAAGAGUUAGAGGAAGUAAUGAUAAACAAUAUCUUGUCACACUGAAGUGAGGAAGUAACCACAGUGCGAGUCCUAGUAUUGCAAUAAAGUAGAUUUAAAAGAUCUGUUCAAACUUUUUUGUCCAUUAUUGUUUGGAUUAAAAGACAGAUUAAUGGAACUUCCAGAAGAAAUCCUGGCACACAUUUUCUCUUUCCUGCCUCUGAAGGAUAAAUGUAAUGCCUUCCUGGUGUGUAAAUCAUGGUCCAACAGCUUGACCAGUUCGAGUGCAUGGACACACACUGAGAUCAGGUGUGAGUCUGGAGACUGUGUUCCUCAGAGGUUCUCUGACCUUCUACCGUGUAUCAGACACCUAACGCUGAUUGUCAGCGUGGCUGAUCGUGCUCAUCGGGAGACUGGAUUGUGGGUUCUGCAGCAGGUUCUAGCCAGGGGUGAAGGCCGACUGCGCGCGUUGUGCGUCAGCUGUUUGGAGAACCCGCCUCUGUUUUACGCAGGACAGGACCUGCUGCAGGGAUUGGUGGACGUCUUGACAAACGGGUCGUCCCUCAUGGCGCUGGACCUGAGGGGCGUGCCGUUCACCCUGAGCGACAACUUCGUCAAGAGCGUAGCCGCGCUGUGCCCCACCCUGCGAAGUCUGUUCAUCAAUAACAGAUCUCUGGUGUGCGGCGUCGUCUCGGAGACAAUCAGGGACGUCCUGAAACGCUGUCCAGUGCUGAACACCAUCGGGCUCUUCCAAGCCAGCGUGUCUCAUGAUGUCCUCCGAGACCUCAUGAAACCCCAGAGAACAAAACUGAAGCUGCUGGAGCUGCGCUGCGAGCGCUCGCUGAAGUACGUCCCGCAGCUUUGCGACCAAAUCUGGGCAGACUUGAGAUGCAGGCUUCCCGGACUGAGAGUGGACCUGGAGCUGGACCACACGCUCCCGGAGCUGCAGGUUCCCGGCGUGCUUCAGCCCAGCAUCCCUGUGAGACAGCUCCGCCUCCACACCUGGACCUUUCUGCUGGAUGAGAUACGCGUCGUGACGCAGAGUUACGCAGGAACGCUGGAGGUGCUCGAACUGCAGACCACCGCGUCCCCCGAGCUCAACGCGGCGCUGGUCGCCUUGGCAACGCAGUGCACGAAACUCCGCGAGGUUCACUGUUACUGCGUGGUUUCACAGAACGUGAUAGAAGCGUUCUGCUCACUGUGUCCUGAUUUACACAGAUACACACUCAAAACACGCAAAGAGCCACACCCCUGGACCUGCACCACUCUUAGAUAACACACACACACACACACACACACUCGGCCACUUUUACACUCUUUCACACCAUGUUGAAUUCUGGAUCCUGAUUGGUCAGAAGGUGUUGAUUAGUUUUCUAUAACAGCAGCUCUGACAGUAGCACAGCUGCAAAUCACAGGUUUAUAAUUAAUUUAUAAUUAACGUGCUCGUUCUAAUACGUUAUCGUUUCUAUAGUAACAGUGAUUUAUAAUAAGCAGAUUUCUUUUUUAAAAAUGUGAAAUAAUUGAUCUGUGAGAUGUUUAUUUAACAAUUAUGGAAAGAGUCUCUAUUUUUAAUCUUUUUCCUAUUACAGCACGUCGUUAUUUCAAAAUGAAGCCAAAUGAGAUAUUUUGUUUACAAUCUGUAAAAUUGUCACAGUGUAUAUUAUGAUUUUUAAUAAUUUAAACAAGCUAAAUAUUAAUGACUGACAGAAAUAUGGACUUUUACAGAUCUCUUACUGUUUGUUUAGGAUUUCUGUAUCACUGAAUGUUUUUUUGUUUGUUUCUGAAUAACGUUUGUCACUCUGAUAUCUUUUUAUCUCUUUCUCCACCUCUGUGGAAAAUCAGUAUUUUUUGGUUUAGGAUGCACGAGAGCCGUUUUCCUGAUUCUUCUUUACAUUUAACUCAAAUUUUUGCGUCUGUUUGAACUUUUCCUGUCUUCACUACGACUGAAAGCACUCUUGGAGGUAUAAAAGGUUUCAUUUAGUAUCUGAAAUUGUUCUUCAAUUUGUUAACAUUUCUAUGUAGAACCCUACAGCAGAAUUUCAUCCGAGGUUCCAAGUAGAACCCUUCAGAAAGCUAGAACCGUUAGUCAUCCUCAGACCUCGAGGAACAUUUUUUCCUAAGUUUUGAGUUAUUAGACACUAUAACAAGACACACAGAAAACACUAUUAAAUAUGAAUGAAACAAUAUGAAUGUUU